CAUAGGAAUCCGGUUUUACGUAGCUAACAAAUCGCUUGAAACAGCUCGAAAUCGCCAAGAAGAGAGAUAACGUAUGUACAUCUCGCGACAAAAAUCUGUGGAAUUUACGUUAUUAAUGCAGUAAUUUCGCAAUUCCAAUUGUGAAAACGGACUCGUGCAAAUCGGUACUUUUCUACCGGCACACGCCCGAAGCCGCUUCCGCUGCGCCACCCGGGAGUUUAUUUUAUGAGUUGCAGCGGUUUUAACCUUUAAUGACAGCCCCACAGAUUCAGAUUGCAUAAAGAGCAUUAAAAUGCAGACGAUAAAGUGUGUUGUGGUAGGUGAUGGAGCGGUUGGUAAAACAUGUCUCUUGAUUUCUUAUACCACAAAUAAGUUUCCUUCCGAAUAUGUGCCUACUGUUUUUGACAAUUAUGCGGUAACUGUGAUGAUAGGAGGUGAUCCAUAUACAUUAGGAUUAUUUGAUACAGCAGGUCAGGAAGAUUAUGAUAGAUUGCGUCCCUUAAGUUAUCCUCAGACCGAUGUAUUUCUAGUAUGUUUUUCAGUUGUAUCACCGUCAUCGUUCGAAAAUGUAAAAGAAAAGUGGGUGCCUGAAAUAACGCAUCAUUGUCAAAGAACCCCAUUUCUACUUGUCGGAACACAAAUUGAUUUGAGAGAUGAUGUUGCAACAACAGAGAAGCUCGCAAAAAAUAAGCAGAAGCCAAUAUCUGGGGAACAGGGCGAGAAACUUGCCAAGGAGCUCAAGGCUGUAAAAUAUGUAGAGUGCAGUGCUCUAACACAGAAAGGUUUGAAGAAUGUAUUCGACGAAGCUAUUUUGGCUGCAUUGGAACCGCCCGAACCAGUGAAGAAAAGAAAGUGUACGCUUCUGUAAAUCGACGAAGAAUUAUUAUUGAAGGAACGCAUGCCGAACAUCAAAAUAACGCUACGUAGUACCAGACAACAGUCUUGUAUGUAGUAUAUUGUAUUAAAUAUAACUAAAUUUGCCUCUACUUUAUAAUCCGAGGGAAGAAAAAGCAAUCGCGCAAGAGUCAGCUACGAUAGCGACUGCAACAUUCCAUGAGGCGUGCUACAACGACUCUGAAUUUGUAAGGUUAGAGAAAAUUUUUCUAUCAAACAAUGGCUAUCUUUUUGAGAUAACUUGUUGCACAAACCUUUCAUUUUUCCAAUACAAUUUUCUAGGCGGCGCGAAAUUUUGAAGCGCAUCUGAGAAUUUUCUGAGAUAGAAGUUCUGAAACUGUUCUAAAAUUAUUGAUUUUUAACAUUUAUAUUGAAUAGGAUAGAGGUGGAGAAACAGAAAGAUUGGUGCUAUUGUUCAAUAAUAUUUUUUUAAAUCGAAAUGUUUACCAAGAUAUAUAUAAAUAUCUCUGAGUCGUCGAUAUCCAAUAGAGUACUCAUUUGGAUUAAUAAGGUAUUCAAGCAUCUUUCACUAAAAUGAUGAUUGUUUCUUUCGAUAAGUACUAAAAUAAAAUUUUCGACGAUGUCAGUAUUAGGAAUUCUAUGGUGAAUGUAUGAAAUGACAAAUAUAUAUUAUAGCAAUAUCAUUAUGUAGGUAUAUUAUCGAGUGCAUAUAACAAAAAGAUUAUUAUUAUUUCUAACAAUUAAUCUAUAUGAAAUAUCAUUGUUGAAUAUUAAAGGUUUUUGCAAAACUAUCUUUACGUGCGCGAUAAAUUAAUUUGAUUAUUGACAUAAUUUUAUGAUAAAAAAUUUGUCAUAUAAUAAAUAUAUAAUUACUUUCCUACCAUUUAUUCUUCGUCUAAAGUAUAGCAGCGUGUGGGCAAAAGCUUUUUAAUAUCGAUAAUGAAAUUUCAGAUCUUUAAAAAAUAUACAUGAUACCUUAAUUAAGGAAAGCUUUUAAGAAAAUCGACCAAUUUUUUCAUGCAUUUUUGAGUGCCGUUUAUUAGAUAGCAAAAUAUUUUCAACGAAUUUACUACUUAAUAAAAAGAAUUGAGUCUUUAAAUCUUUUUCUUAAACAUUUAUGAUUCUCACAAUUAUAUACAUGAAAUUUUAUUAACUAUCAUGAUGCUGCAUGCAAUGAAUUAUAUCGAUUCACAAUGUCAAUGGCACGCGACUAAUUUUUCAUUGAGCUCAAUUGUCGCAUAUCGCUAGUACUAAUAAUACAUGAAUGUCGCGUUGCAAUAUAGGGAUAUUGUGAGAGAAAGCAUU